AUCAGCGUUUUAAAAAAAAAAACAGGAAGCACAUCAUCAUUCAUUAGCAUACCUGGGACAUGACACAGGAAGUACUAGGGAUAGAGGAAAGAGGAGAAGACAGCAUGGCGGCCAGAGAUAUCUCCCACGAGGCCAUUAUAGCCCUGGUGCAUGCCCGACCGGAGUUAUGGGACCCAGAAUGCCCUGGAUAUGCCGACAGAGUGUUGAAGAGGUCAAAGUGGGAGGAAGUGUACAAAUUUGUAACACCGAACUGGGACGAAAUGUCUGCAACUGAUCAAGAUAACCGAGGGAAGGAGGUUUAUACAAGGUGGAGAUCCCUACGCGACCGCUACAAGAAAGAAGUAAACGAAGAGAAGUCUGCGGAGCGAAGCGGAGCACCCUCAACUCGCCGUAGGGCUAACCCCCAUGCAGAGGCAUUGUCUUUCUUGAGGCGCACCACCGAGAUGCGUGCAACUGUCUCAAGUGUUCCUGCAAGAGCCAUCGCAAGGCGUGCAAGUUCAUCACCAGAAAAUAAUACUGAGACCAGCCAGGAAACCAUUCCAGAGACAGUUUCAUCUCAAGAUUAUCAAGAACCUCCAGAACCGCAGGGAAAUCUUGACAAGAGAGCACGAUCUUCUUCCACCACUCGUCGACCACGCCAACAAGAGACACCUUUUGAGGAUUAUUUUAAUCGUAUUAUUGUAGAAAUGAGAAAACAAUCACAAAAUGAUGCCAAAAAAGAUGAGUUCCUCAACAUCUCAGAUCCCGAUGUCAUUUUUUUGAGAAUGUUACUAUGUGUACUCAGGGAGAUUCCGCCAGAGAAACGCACUGAUGUUAGGGGUGAUAUACAUGCCUAUUUAACGUAUAUAGUGUCCGCAUGCAAAGAGCAACGCCCAUAUCCUAAAUUUCAACCAUGGGCUCUGGGUUUUAAUUCACCUAGUGGCUCUUUGAGUCAGCCAAUGCCCAGUCCUGAAUGCCGUGACACCACACCAGUCAUGAACUCAUAUGCAGGGCCGCCACCAACAUAUACACCCUUCCCAUCUUAUCCUGGUUUUCAGAGAAUGCAUGGGCAGCCCCACCCGGUCAGUUCACCCUCAUCUACACAAUCCGUACAACAUAUAGAUGUUGGCAGUGAACCAAGCCCUUCUACCUUGCGUUCCUCUUACCCAGUGUAUCAGAACUUGUAGUUUUUUCUACUUUUAUUACUGUUUGUUUUUUUUUUAGUUUUUGCUCAUGCAAUGUUUUAUUGAUAUCUUUGCACAAAGUAAUGUUUAGCGGAUGUUCACCCUAAAAACAAAUUUCUAACAUUACAGCUAGCAUACUAAGCACAUCCACUGUAUGUAGGUCUUUGUUUUUGACCGUACCAACCGUGAUAUUGGCAUUUUGUCCAAGGCUUACGGCGUUCCUAUCCUUGGAUUUGAUGAUUGACGGCUUGUGCAACAGUUUUCCUGGCGCACAACGCGCGUCACCAG